GUUGUACCCUCCACCAUAUCCAUGUCCAUGUCCACCGGCGGAUCGACGGACCAGUGGACCGGCAAUUCUUCGAGAACUCUCGGGGCCAUCGCCACCUCCAUCGCCUUCUGCUUCCUCCUCUUAGCCUUCUACCUCAUCAUCCGUUACAUUUUCAUUCAGCGUCUCCACCGUCGCGCUGCUGCAGCCCACGAGCCUCCAAAACUAGGGCUCGACCCUGCGGUUAUCGCAUCGCUCCCCACUUUCACAUACCGAAAGUCGUCCGGCGGAUGCAGUAGCAGCAAACAAGAAGAAUUGUCGUCGACGGAGUGCCCGAUUUGUCUUAGCGUGGUCGACGAAGGGGAGGUCAUGCGGUCGCUACCGAAUUGCAACCAUGCGUUCCACCGCGAGUGCAUCGACGUGUGGUUGGAUUCGAACGCGACGUGCCCGGUUUGUCGUGCCACCGCCGAUCCCUACAAUCCGUCGAUCAGCGUGGCUCUAACCGCACUGCCGUUGUGAUCAGCGUUCGGGGCGCCGCGUCGGGCAUUGUGAUGGCUUCUGGGAUCAGAAUGAGUUGAGAUUGAGAGUUCGAGGGGAUCCGCAACAGAAAGUUUUGGAGUAAGCACAAGAAUACUGUUAGUUCAAUUAUAUAAACUCCUCUAGGAUUUGCUUUAAUUGAAAGAGGCUGGAAUUUGUGGAUGUUGCGCCCCUGUAUAUCUUGGGUAAGUAAAUGUAAAUCAUGUCAUAUAUAUAUUUUCUACAAAGAAAUGUGAAUUACUGUAAGAAGUUGUGUUUUUUA